CAGAGAGGACGCGGAGGCCGAGGGGGAGCCCUGGUCACCGAUGAACAAGAAUGUCCUUUGUCACUCUUGACCAAAGGUGUUGCGGUGCUGUGGGCGGUAAACAGGUGUGUGGAGUAAGGAAACCCAGGAAUCAAACGCAGGUUCUCGCUUAUGAGACAAGUGCGUUAAUUUCUACGCUGCAGAACGCAAGUAGAUCAGGAAUUAGACUGCUGAUGGUGCCCCACAUCUAAAAGUGAAAGCAAAAUGCUGAACAGCCAGGAGGAGGAGGAGGAAUUCAUCACUGUGCGUGUACAAGAUCCAAGGAUACAAAAUCAGGGUUCCUGGAAUCCCUACAUCGAGUACAAAAUCUUCCUCUAUACAAACAGUAAGGCUUUCACUGUGAAGACGUCCUGUGUGCGGAGACGAUAUCGGGAGUUUGUAUGGCUGAGACGUCAGCUCCAAAGGAAUGCCGGGUUGGUGUCUCUGCCAGAGCUCCCGGGAAAGAGUCCCUUUUUUCCGGUGCACAACAGGGAGCGGAUUGAGAGGAGACGCCAGGGACUGCAGCAGUUCCUGGAGAAGGUGCUCCACAUGACAGUGUUUCUGUCAGACACUCUACUCCACCUCUUCAUGCAGACCCAGCUGUCCCCAGCGGAGAUGGAAGGGUGUGUGUUGGGCCAGACCCCUUACUCAACGACUGAAGCCAUCCUCAGCUACGCCAUGUCCAACAAGAGUGCACUGCACGAAGGGGAUUCUGCAGUUGUCAGCACCAUCGCGUAUGAGUGUCAGAGUUCGCCCAAUCGCACGCAGGCGAGUGUCGGGGAGAGCAACUCGGAGACAGUCGCUUCCAAUCGAGUUGUAGGGAGACCCUCCUCCAUCACACAGGAAGUGACCCCCGUCUCCAUCACACCAGAGGUGACCCCCUCCUCCAUCACACCAGAGGGGACCCCCUCCUCCAUCACACCAGAGGUGACCCCCUCCUCCAUCACACAGGAGGGGACCCCCGUCUCCAUCACACCAGAGGUGACCCCUGACUCCAUCACUCAGGAAGUGACCCCAGUCUCCAUCACACAGGAAGUGACCCCCGUCUCCAUCACACCAGAGGUGACCCCCUCCUCCAUCACACAGGAGGGGACCCCCGUCUCCAUCACACCAGAGGUGACCGCUGACUCCAUCACUCAGGAAGUGACCCCUGUCUCAAUCACACAGGAAGUGACCCCUGUCUCAAUCACACAGGAAGUGACCCCUGUCUCAGUCACACAGGAAGUGACCCCUGUCUCAAUCACACAGGAAGUGACCCCUGCCUCCACACCGGAAGUGACCCCCGUCUCCAUCAAACCAGAGGUGACUCCUGUCUCCAUCACACAGGAAGUCACCCCCUCCUCCAUCACACAGGAAGUCACCCCUGUCUCCAUUACACAGGAAGUGACCUCCUCCAUCACACAGGAACAGAUCCCACCUUCCCAAAUCACAGAGAGACACUCUCCUGUCUAUAAUGGAUUGUGAGGAGUGGGGGUGGUUUCUGGGACGUCUCUAGUUCCGACGAUCAGGGAGGAGGAGGGGCUACGCACGUUACGCAGGUAACCACGAUUGAGACAGUCAACAAUCUGAUUGGUUGUUGUCCAUCUGCUGAAGAUGGACUGUCAGACACGGAGUCCAUCAAAUCACUGCUGAGUGGGAAUGGGAAUGGGACGCAGUGCACUGGGAGCUUCACCAUGUGUAACCCACGCUAUCGCUGACCUGGGAGUGCGGGGUGUACAACGCACACGGCUUUAUUCUGUAUGUAGCCUGUACCGUAGCUGAUCUGUUAAUGCUGCUUGGGACAGUUUAGCGAGAGCACAAGCUCGAAGCCUACGCAGAGGUCAGCACUGACACCUCUCGCUGUGAGGCACAGAUAUUCACUAAGUACCGAAAUGUGAAAUUAAGUAUGAUGUAUUCAUUGUUUAGCUCUGCAUGUUUAGCAGAGACGUGGGAUUAUAAUAUGUGACGCCCCCCCCACACACACCUAUUUGUUCUGACCCUUAAAUAACCUGAGAUAAUGAUGAGAUUGACCAGAUCGAGGGUGGGGGCAGGGAGCAGGUCAAAGAUUGGGAGCUAAAUUGUUAGUCACGCCUAGAAAGACCAUGUUGGAAUCUGCGCAAAUUCACCCUCGGCUGGUGUGAGCGAUGAGAGAGGAUGAUAUCACGGAGCCACGACUCGGGGACAUCACCCAGUGGAGUGGCUUCGCUGGGCCGUGGAUCGGACAGAAACUGAAUCCCGUAGAGUGUGAGCGUCUGUUCAAUGCAGGGAAUUGAUUUUCUAGGAGAUACAAACUGCUGGCCAGUGAGGUGUGAAGUUUACUUCUUCCUAUUCAUGAGGAAAGUGCAAGAGGGGAAAAAAAACAUCAGAGGCACUGGGUGGAACGGGUAAUGGAUCGGCCCCCAGCCCACAGGGGCAGGUAUUUUUCACUCGAGUUGUUCAAACAUCUGCUUUCACAGCACAUGCCGUGUCACCGGGGAACCAGUAAAGGGAAGGCAUUUGUGCUGCUCGCAAUUAAAAACAAUACUGAUCCUUCCAUUUGUUGUAGCGCCUUAUCACAUCUUCAAGACGUCUCAAAGCACUUCAUGUAAAGAGAAUUGACUGUGUGCUUUAUGGGCGAAAUGCGGCCGCCAGUUGUAAAAGGUCAUAAACAAACAGUCGUGGAUUGACAAAAA